CUUUGUCUAGACUAAUUCUACGCUGCUCAAUUCUUCUGGGCUUCUACACCCGGGAUAUGAGUGGCAGGCAGACCUGGAAAUCCCGGCACGGCUUCCUCCACCGCGAGUAAACUCAGACGUCCUUUGAGAGUCUCGGAGUCGCUUUCCUGCGUGUUAAAAUCGCUUGGAGGCUGCUCCUGUGCCCGGUCUUUUUGCCCUAUGGCCAUGUAGACAUCUCCUAUCGUGGAGAUUUCCUGCUUCAAAUUCUUUACUAAUCCCUACAUACGCCCCAUACCACUUAAAGUCCUUACCCGCGAGGUGGAUUCAAGUCUCUCUGGUCCCCCAGCCUCGGCCUUCUUGGCCCCUGGAGCGCGGCGCCCCAACGCGGCACGAGACGCCGCGUACUCUGCCGGGUUUCUGCAGACUCCACUCCUCUCCUGGCCCACUCCUGCCUUUUUCCUCCUUGAUCUGGACCCUGUGUUCCCCAGGCCUCCCUUUCCCAGCCACCGCUUCUCCUCACCCUGAGUGUCGGGAGUGACUUUUAUCUCCUGACAUCCAGUGUUCUCUGGAGCCAGCGUCCAGCGCACUGAAAAUGAGCUCUUCCGGAGGUGGGCAUCUUACUCCAAUCUCCUCCCUGUGAAUGUGUGGAGAAAAAUAGAUGGAGAACGAGUCAGAGGAAAUAGAGAAAUUUUGAAAGAGAAAUGAAGAAUGAGAGACCCAUUAACAGACGGCAAAGUAGAAGGUUCACAAUUUUAAAGCAGGGAAGAAUAAAGUGAAACAAUCUCAGAGGGAAUCCACUCAACAGAGAUUCAGUUCCAAAGAGACAUAUGUGAGGAAGCAACUCGGAAGAGGAAAGAACAGAAGUCAGGAAUGGCCCUUAGUCAGGGACCGUUGACAUUCAUGGACGUGGCCAUAGAGUUCUCUCAGGAGGAGUGGAAAUGCCUGGACCUUGCUCAGAGGACUUUAUACAAGGAUGUGAUGUUGGAGAACUACAGGAACCUGGUCUCCCUGGGAGUGGGUCUUCCUGACCUGAGUGUUGUCUCCAUGUUGGAGCAAAAGAGAGAACCCUGGACUCUGCAGAGUGAAGAGAAAAUAGCAAGGAAUCCAGAUGGCAGGGAAUGCAUCAAAGGUGUGAACACAGAGAGGAGCUGUAAAUUGGGAAGUAAUGUAGGAAACAAGCCUUGUAAAAGUCAACUUGAAUUCAUGUUUCAUUUACAUCUGAGUGAUCUGCAGCUAUUUCAAGAUGAAAGGAAAAUGUCUGGAUGUAAGGAUGUUGAAAAACUCAUAAAUGACAAUUCCUCCGUUUCACCACUUCAAAAUACUUCUUCCAGUGUCGAAUCCUGCCUUUUAAGUAAAUAUAGAAAUAAUUUUGAUGAUGCUCCAUUUCUUCCGCAAGAACAGAAAUCACAUAUUAGGGGAGAACCUUAUGAAGGUAAUGAGCAUGGUCAAGUCUUUAGAGCAUCUGCAAACCUUACCAACCAUCAAGUAAUCCAUAUUGCAGACAGUCCUUACAAAUGCAAUGAGUGUGGCAAGGUCUUUAAUUGCAGUUCAAAGCUUGUGAUACAUCAAAGAAUGCAUACUGGAGAGAAGCCUUACAAAUGUAAUGAAUGUGGCAAGGUCUUUAGUAGCAAUUCAAACCUUUCACAACAUCAAAGAAUUCAUACUGGAGAGAAGCCUUACAAAUGUCAUGAAUGUGGCAAGGUCUUUCGUAGCAGUUCAAAGCUUGCACAACAUCAAAGAAUUCAUACUGGAGAGAGGCCUUACAAAUGUCAUCAGUGUGACAAGGUCUUCAAUCAAAUUGCACACCUUGUACGACAUCAGAAAAUUCAUACUGGAGAGAAACCUUACAGAUGUAAUCAAUGUGGCAAAGUCUUCAGUCGUCAUUCAUAUCUAGCAGAACAUCAAACAGUUCAUACUGGUGAGAAACCUUACAAAUGUAAAGAAUGUGGCAAAGCAUUUUCAGUGCGUUCCAGCCUCAUUACCCAUCAGUUAAUUCACACUGGAAGGAAACCUUACAAAUGUAAAGAAUGUGACAAGGUCUUUGGGCGCAAGUGUUUCCUGACCUCUCAUCAGAGAAUUCAUACUAGAGAGAAACCUUACGGAUGCAAUCAGUGUGGCAAGAUCUUUAGUCAGAAUUCAGACCUCAUACGACACCGAAAAAUUCAUACUGACGAGAAACCUUACAAAUGUAAUAAAUGUGGCACAGGGUUUAGAGAGUUUUCAGACCUCACUGCCCAUUUUCUAAUCCAUAGUGGAGAGAAACCUUACGAAUGUAAAGAAUGUGGCAAAGUCUUCAGGUACAAGUCUUCUCUAACUAGUCACCAUAGAAUUCAUACUGGAGAGAAGCCAUACAAAUGUAAUGAAUGUGGCAAGGUCUUCAGUCGUAGUUCAAACCUUAUAUGCCAUGAGAAAAUUCAUACAGGAGAGAAGCCUUACAAAUGUAAUGAAUGUGGCAAGGUCUUUAAUCAACCUUCAUACCUUACAAGACAUCAAAUAAUUCAUACUGGAGAGAGACCUUACAGAUGUAAUGAAUGUGGCAAAGCGUUUAGAGGGUGUUCUGGCCUUACUGCCCAUCUUGCAAUCCAUGCUGAAAAGAAAUCUCAUGAAUGUAAAGAAUGUGGCAAGAUCUUCAGUCACAAGUCUUCCCUAACCAAUCACCAGAGAAUUCAUAUUGGAGAGAAACCUUACAAAUGCACCCUGUGCAGUGAGGUCUUUAGCCACAAUUCUGACCUUGCACAGCAUCAGAGAAUUCAUUCAUGAGAGUUCUUACAAACUGUGUAUGGCAAGAUCUUCAUCAUGAGUUCCAGCAUUAACAUCAGAAAGUCCAUACUAAGUGGAAAUCAUAUAAAUGAAAUGUGUGUGACUCAGGCUUUAUCAAGGUCUGCCAAAUCACUGGACAUCAAAAUAUACCUCUUGGAUGCAACCACAUAGAUGGAUUAUGUGUACUCAGGCUAUUAUUCAAGGACCGUUACUAUAGAAUAUGAUAGGAUUUGCACAAGUAACUUAGUCUCUGGUUCUCCAGUAUUUAUGAUAUGGCAUGCUGCAGAAUAAUGCUGUUAAAAUAUGUUGAAUCUCAUGAGAUGAUGUAUAUCGAAGGUGCAAGGGCAUGUGGAAAUGAUCAGUUGUAUUCAGGUUAUAAAAAAUUCAAUUAUUUGGG